CAGAAGAGGUGUGGUACCCGAUGCCCACUUAUAAACAGUGUAUUUUAGACACCUAUUCGGCAACUGUGAAAUUUCUAGAUCAGUCCAAUGGAAACUAUUCAUACCCUUUCGAUUUCUUCCGAGAUUUGAAGAAAUAUGGCGACUUUCCAACCCGAGAUUUCGCCGUCGUUUUCGGACUGGCUGUGUUCUGGACGAUUGCGAGAUACCUCCUUACAUUGUUCGUGUACAAGUUAAAAACCUAUGACAAAGAUGAUAAGCCAAUUGGACUAUUCUUCAAUCUCACACCCCUAAACCAGAAAAAGUUUCCAGAAUCAGCGUGGAAAUGGAUGUUCUAUAUGUUUACCUGGAGUUACAGUAUAUAUAUUUUAUUCUUCACGGAUAGGAGAUUCUUUCAGCAGCCGUUGUUGGUAUGGCAAGAUUGGGUGCCAUCUUUGGUGAUGCCUUUUGACAUCUACUUGAUGUACAUGAUCCAGUGUAGCUUCUACAUCCAUUCAAUAUAUGCCACUUUGUUCAUGGACCAAUGGCGGAAAGACUCCAUCGUUAUGAUGUUUCAUCACUUUCUGACGCUUUCUCUUAUAGGAUUUUCUUAUGCUGUUAGAUAUCAUAAGGUUGGAGCCCUUGUCCUGUUUGUCCACGAUGUCACCGAUAUUUGCCUCGAGUUUACAAAGUGUAACGUCUAUCUGAAAGAUCGCGGCGGCAGAUUCUAUGCAUUCCACGACAUCCUGUCAACUAUCGGGUUCAUCUUCUUCGCUUCCACUUGGUUCAUAUUCCGACUCUACUGGUUCCCACUAAAGGUGCUCCACUCAGCCGGCCACGGUGCCAUGACCUACGCCCCUUCACUUCCCGUCUUCUGGUUUUUCUUCAACGUCAUGUUGUGGAUUCUACAGAUAUUGAAUAUAUACUGGUUCAUGUUUAUUGUUAAUUUCCUGUAUAAGAUUGCCACCGGGCAGAUGAAGGAAGUCGAUGACAUUCGUGAGAAUGAAGUUGAUGAGAAGUGUAAGCGCGUCCAACAUAAGCCAAUGAAUGGCUUCGCAGGUGGUCAUGUGACCAACCACGUCGGCGAGAAUAAUCAUGUGAUGAAUAAUCAUAAAAAAGUUGAAAAUAACCAACACACCAACAGCAACAACAUCAUCAAGCACAGAAAAUCAACAAAAACAAUGGAGAACCACGUGCAUGGUUAGAAACCUGAUGACAUCAUCACUAAAUCAGCGCUCUGAUAGGCCAGCACUAAGUCAAAUUAUUUACAUAUUAAUGAGAAGCAGUUCCAUGUAUUGUCCUGAAAACAACCUGUCGUUACAGUCAGUAAUGUGGUUGCUAAGCAAUGUUUCUAGUUGCUAGGCAACCAGUUGAGUUUCUAUGUUGCCAGUGAACAAAAUCUUGUUGAUUUCCAAGAAUUCAAUUUACUGUUCAGUGAAAAGUUCCUAUGUUUACCCAGAGAAAACUAAAUCUUUUUGGAAUCAUUGGAUCGUUCUUCUGUAAGACCCUGACACCCUAUCAAGGUGGUCUUGCUGAUGAAUAUUACAGAAAUAUUAUAACGAUCAAUUGAUAUUACUUACAUUCGUUGCUGUGGAAAAAGCUAUAGAGAUUUUUGUUGUCUUGGUGAUUGGGCAUUAGCAUAUUUCCAUGGCAACCAACACCUAUGUCCAUAAAAUAAUCAGUAUUACAAAUACUUAUCUGGCUGCUUCACAGGUUACCAUGGUGACUAGUGUUGCUAUGGUAACAAUCACUAUUGCUAUGGUAUUGAGAACCUUUGCUAUGGUUGUGGUCACUGUUGCUAUGGGUAAUUAGGUUGAACCACAGUUGGACACAGAUUGUCAACGUUUACUUGAAAUCUGUGUGGUAGGGUAUCGAAAAUUGAAGGAGAAUAAUCCCAAUUGUUGAGGAGACUUGCCACCUUUAGGCUAAGUUCUAUAUAAUAUUUCAGCCGAUAAGUUUAAUUGAUGAACUGGACACACACAGUCCUCUAGAGUGGGCCGUGGGCAGUGGAUUUUUACGGCAAGUGAUGACGUCCAGUGUAUAUAUAUAAUUGAAUGAUGACGUCAUUGCUGAUCGGUGCGUCGGGCUAUAAAUGACGUGGCAGUAUUGUCACUGAUGGUAGGCUGAGCACAGAGCUACGGCAUUGCCUUGAAAACGUUGUCCUGCUCCCAGCGCCACCUAGAAUGUCCAUUCCUCACCAGAGGAAGGUGAUGUGUCGUGGCAGAUUAAACCAUCUGGUAUAUUAUCAGGUUUUGAUUCAGUGCUUUGAAUCUUCACACCCUUAGUUUCUCGAAUGGUCUCUCCUGAAGCUCUAUCUGGAAGAGUCUAUAUUGGGAAAUGGGGGUGACAAGGUACUCUUGCUGAUCACAUCUCUGAGCAAACAUGUAAUAUUUAUGUAUGUCAACUUGUAAUGUAUUUAUAGUCAUUUCUACUGUUCAUUAGUUCACUUCUUAGUCGAAUAAGUUGCAUGCCAACUUGCAGGGAAUCAGGUUGGCAUCCCAACUUGCUGGGUAUAAGGUUGGCAUCGCAACUUGCUGGUAUAAGGUUGGCAUCCCAACUCGCAGGGAAUAAGGUUGGUAUCCCAACUUGCUGGGUAUAAGGUUGGCAUCCCAACUUGCUGGUCAUUAUGUUUAUAUAUAAACGUUUUACUGAUCUCAACUACACUGAGAAAGCUAUGGAUAUGCACAUUAUAUGGAGUGGGCAGGUUCGUGCGGCUUGAUGAGUUGGGAUCCAUGGCAAGUAGGCCCUCAGACAAGUGGCCUUCCAGGAACACAACCUUCAAUACUUAGUCAAUAUAGAGUGGGCAGGUUCGUGCGGCUUGAUGAGUUGGGAUCCAUGGCAAGUAGGCCCUCAGACAAGUGGCCUUCAGGGAACACAACCUUCAAUACUUAGUCAAUAUAGUCACUUCAUUAUUGGUCAAAUUGAAUAUGAAUUCAAAAUGUGAUGAAUCUACCUUUACAAGAUUAACUUAGGAUUUGUGUUCAAUAAUUUGGUCAUAAGACUUUCCAUGAUGACUAGUCUCACCCUGGUAGCAAGCACCAUUGCUAUACCAGGGCACUGUUGAUAUGAAUAGGCUUGGCUGUGUUGCACUUUGGGUAACGGCAACAACAAUCUCUUGUGAUCUGUGCAGUGCAUUUUAUUGCACGUCUCCGCAAGAAAUCACUAGUCUGUAAUCAUUAAACUUAAGGUACGUGUAUACUUCAGGACCGAGUCAACUCGAAAGAGUGAGACAUGGUUGUUGGUUCCUGGGAAAUGAAGGCUUUUCAAAUGAACUCGUCAGACAAAAAAUAUAAAAAAUAGAUUUUUAUUUUCGUGGUGGCAUUGAAGUCCAAAUCUUACAAUUCUUAAUAAAAUGGCCAUUAUGUAUCUUAAUGUGCUGGUAAUUCUGUACUUAUUUCAUGUUUUAGAUACCGUUCUGUUUACACAAUCAGUCUUGGAGCACAACUCUGUUUACAACAUGGUCUACACCAUGGAACUGAUGUACCUUUCACAUGUUACAACAUCCACGGUACUCAACUUCUGGGCGUCUAAAUCUCCCGGCAAAUGAACCGCUAGGCAUCUGAACCCAUGGGGAACUCAACCUCAGGGUAUCUGUGAGUCUCGUAGAUUCUGACCAGUAGCUAGCUUUCUAGUCUGGGGGCAAACACAACUCUUUGUGAAAAAGAACAAGAAAACGAGAUUAUUUGAAAAUCUUAAACGCGGGAACAAUGAUGAUUUAUGAAAUAGGGUGAGAUUUGAGCACGAUGGAGCUUCAAGUAGACAGACGCACAAUUACCUGAUACUUUUCAUGCCAAGUGAACAUGUCCGUUUCACAAUGUCAUUAAGGUUGUUUCUAUGACGAUCAUUUGUUUAUCAUAUGUUUGGGUGCUGUACUUUCAAGUGAGAUUACAUGUGAACAUUUGUUUCUUAUGCCUGGUUGCUAUGGGCUUAGAAUGUUCAAUUAUUGGGGACUAAAUUAGAUUUCCAUGGUUACCAAGGUCAUUUAUCUGGUAACCAUAGCAACCAGCCAUCUUCAUUGCUAUGCAGAUCAAACUCGCACUUGGUACUUAUAUUAGUGACUUUUAAUUAGUUCUAUGUGCUGCUUAGGUUUAAUUAAACAAGAUUUGAAUUUGUUUUGGAUAACUGCUUCUUUCUGUGGCGAUUAACCCUUCUCGUGUCAUGUGUAUAUAUAUGUUUGUGUUGUACUUGUUCCCAGUGCAUGAUGGGAAAAAUACUGGUAUCUGGCAUAAACUGUGUCCAAUGUUUAUUUCCAUUUGGAAUGACUUCUUUAUAAUCUUGAGCAAUAUUCCAGAAACUCAGUGAAACAAAAUGUUUGAUUGAAUUUUGACCGGUAAAACAGAAAAGCUCUGUUGGUUGUCGCCAGCAAAUGCCAGGGCCGAAAAGCUCAAUCAGCGUUGGAGACAAAUAUAUUAACAAGAGCAGCGUUGGGACUGACCACUCACAUCACUGCUCUCACUGAUUGACCGACCAGGCGCUGAAAUCUGUCAAUCAAUCUUACUUAAGUUAUUUGCCUAUCAAUGUCAAUAAUACGGGUUUAACAGAUGACUGUUGUUUUAUUGCAUGAAAAGAUGAUGUGAGGUCUUGUAUUAGGUCAGGUAGAGUAGUAAUGUGAUGUGAGGUCUUGUAUUAGGUCAGGUAGAGUAGUAAUGUGAUGUGAGGUCUUGUAUUAGGUCAGGUAGAGUAGUAAUGUGAUGUGAGGUCUUGUAUUAGGUCAGGUAGAGUAGUAAUGGCAAUAUAUAGCCCUGCCUCAACAGUGUGUUGAGAUAACGACAGAUUCAUAAUCCAACACGCGACUAAUAUCUGAUCUUUAUGUUGUUGAUAUCCGCCCCACUGCUGUAUUCCAUAUGCUCGGUAGGUGAGGAGAUUAACAAUAUGAAACACAGAUGUGAAUAGUUGUGACUCUUGUAAGAAUCACCGCUGUGUCAUCUUUGUGUCCUUGAGUGAGACACUUAACCCUCCAAUGCUUCUCUUAAACACCCCGUCCAUGGUCGCCUAAUGCAGGUUAAGCUCUGGCCCGAUGAAGCCAUUUGGCAGCUCUGGCAAUGGUACUUAUCAUCACGAGAAUGCACAAACAGGUCUAGUUCAUGUUCUGUUGAACAGGUGGCUCUACUGGUACUUAAAUAAGACACAGCAUCUCCUUGAUUAGAACUUUUUUAAACGGAUCCUUUAUUUGGUUUAUUUUUCUGGUUGCACCCACUCCAGUGACUCGAUAUUUCCUCCAGGAUUCAUAACCUCGUGUUGUUAUGAGGGAGUAUUCAGGCUCGAGCAAUUCUGUAUAGUAUUCGUCCUCCUCAUGUAUGUAUAUUGAUAGUGUGUUGCUUGAGCUUUUAGAUAUAUAGUUCCGACUCCAGGCAUGGUCUCUGUAAGUUGUGUCUCUGUCGGUCAAUUAGUCGAUUUUGUGGAUUUAGCGAUAACUGAGCGAUCAAAUCACCGAUAGAUUAUUCAGCGUGAUGUGUGGCACUUAUGAAUGUAUACACUGAUGGCGCCCUCUGAACAACAAUGUGCGAACUACAUGUUCGUACAUGAAAUGGUUAUAAGAAUAUGUGUUGGUUUUUUCUUUGAGGAAGUCUCUCUCCUUCAGGUUGUUGGUUGUUUUGAGAAUGUUUUUAAAACUGCAGUUGUCUUCCUGUCAGGCAUAAGUAUGUCACGCGAGGGUAUCGAGUCUCCACACUUCUUAGUGCCAUCACAACAAAGUGUGGUCAGUUUGACAUCCAGAAUGGUGUGGACUGGAGUCGUCUUCCUGUCAGGCAUAAGUAUGUCACGCGAGGGUAACGAGUCUCCACACUUUCAAGUGCACUCACAACAAAGUGGGGUCAGUUUGACAUCCAGAAUGGCAUGUAAAUAUUCAGGUUUUUGCCUGAUUUCAGGUUUUUUGGUGAACAAUUUGAAAACCAAAAGUUGCUGGAUUUAACCAGAUUCAUUCAAAAAUAAACACUCUCUGAAGGGGGGUCUAUAAUUUUCAGGUUUUCUUCCCCUGUUUCAGGUAUUUGAGUUUGUCUACAUUUUCAUGCCUAAAUUGGUGUGUGGCUGUCAUGAUCUCCAUGGCGGGUGUACCCAAUCACCCUUUGAGUUGAAGUAGGCAGUUCAUUCACUUCUGUCGGGGAAAAUCAACCUUUUACAAAUAUUCUCAAAACGCCCUCUUUCUUUGAAGUUUAUAACCAUUGGUUGCAUCUCGGAGAGGGUGCUUAUGAAGACGUAUUUAUUUCAUGUGUUUUGCACCUCACCCGCGUGGGUUAGUUAUGAGUUUUACUCCAUAGGUGGCCUGGAUAAUUUGUUUGAAAAUUGAAAUGAUGCACAUGGGGAGGUCUUGUAAUGUUGAGUCUACUUUUGACUGUAGCAACACACUGUGCAUUAUCAUUUAUUGAUUCUUUGUGGCGAAUAUUCCUAAAACAUCACCGCCAUUGCUGGUGGUGGAAAUAGAAACGACAACGGCCAGAAUUUCUGGACGAUCUUUCUAUUUUGUAUUUUCAAGAAAACUUUUUGACAAAUUAUUUUUGC